CAACAAAACUUCAGUAUGUCUUCCAGUCUGUCAGCAUCAUCUCAAACUGUUGAACAUGCUCCGCAGACCCUUCAUCUUGUUGCAUUUGGCACCAGGGAUAGAGCACAUUUGGCUCUGUUUAUUCCCAAUAGAAUGGCCGACCCGACCGGAACCCUUGUGCAUAUCAGGAUAAGAGGCAAUGAUCCCAAGUCUGGCGGAGGUGAGGCGGAGCUACUUGUCAACCAGUUCCAGCUCUCGCACAGUUCCGCAAAGAGUAUUGUGCCCCUUACAGGGUCAUGCGCAUCGCGAGAGGAAGUUGAAGAUGUGGCAAAAGAGUGCUUCAAGAACUUCGCGUACAAUAUUGUUCUUGACAACUGUCAAACUUUCACUAGUGAUGUCUUGACUGAAUUACAUAUAAGAUUCCCCUCUCAGAUCCAGCAAGCUUCAAUUGAUCUUAUCCAGAACAGUAUGGAACAACACCAGUCAAAAUCCAGCAAUUCCUCGACCGAAACAGACAAGAAGAAAGUGCCGAAGCAGGUCAAUCUGAGUCCACAGAGCCACGGUUCCCACUUGAUUAAGAGCAACACUUUCUCACCGAUGAAUGUGCGGCGAAAAAACGGACUGUCUUGAAUUGUGUGUCGAUUGUGGGGUCCAAGAGAAGAAAGUGCAAGGGGCGAUUUUCGGCAUGAAAUCUUUCAUUGAAGACAAGCCCGAACAAUAAGUUGGAUUUCUUUGACUAAUCUCAUGUGGAUUUUGACUGUUUAUCAUACUUUCUUUGAGAAAUGGCAUUAACAACUCCCCAAGCAAUCUGAAGAUAUGGUGAACUUGCUUAUCAUCAACCCCCUGGUAACAUUCAGAAAUCACUGUUGGAAUUCCA